ACCAGGCUGGCCUCGAACUCAGAGACCUGCCUGCCUCUGCCUCUGCAGUGCUGGGUUUAAAGGUGUGCGCCACCACACCUGGCUGGCUCAGAAGAACUUUGAACCCCAGAUCCUCUUUCCUUAGCUUAACUGCAAAAUGUCUGUCAGGCUGGCCUCACAUUCCCAGCAAUGCUCCUGCCUCUGCCUUCACAGUGCUCAGAUUAAAGGUGAGUGCCACCUCUGCCCACCGAGUACUGGAAUAAUAAGUCACGUGCAAGCAUGCCCAGUGGCAUCAAAUGUAAGACAGUUUCGAGCAGAGCCACUCAGACGUCUUUAUCUGCCUUCUCUCUCAGGAGUCACUGUCUCCCUCAUCACCAAGGGGGUUUGGUAAAGAAAGCAGACGCAGGCAGCUUUAAAAAGCACUCCGCUGACCCUCCCUCCGUGCUCUCCGCUGACCCUCCCUCCGUGCUCCCCGCUGACCCUCCCUCUGUGCUCUCCGCUCCUUUCAGUGACACCCCCGCUCGAGCUUAUAUGGUCAUCUCUGUUGAUGCUGCCUGUGCUCGAAUCCUGUUUACUGGGUGUCUGAUUUCCUCUCAAAGGUCAAGCUGGAGUUCUGGGCACAGCGGAGUGCAAAGCAUCCCUGGCUUCUGAAGAAUUAGGUUUGAUUUUUGUUGCCUAAAAACAGUUUGCUUGGUGGCCGGCUGGCAUGACUACUGACAGACCGGGCAAGACCCGGAGCAGGUUCCCGUGCCCUUGCCCUCUUGAAGGGCAAUGCUUCAUGCCCAGAGAGUAUCUGAUGUGGCCCCUGUGAGGGCUGAUGCCAGGCCGGGCAGAACACCAUGCUGGCUGUCAGCCUGCUGAGGGACAAAUCCGGGAGGGAAGGGCAGCCUUGAGACUAGCCCGUUGGGAAGUCAUAUGAAGCCCAGUUUCAUCAUGUAACCGUGAGAAUUCACAAGGCAUUAGGUCAGCCUCUUUCUUGUCCUUCCUGAGGUGCUGGUUGGUCUUUGCAGCAUCUCGGGCAGCCAGAUUUAACCUGUGAGCCUGGGUUCCUCACCAGUGGGCUCUAAACUGAAGAGGAAGAAAUGUUUCCCUUUGUAGCUGGACUCUACACCCAGGUAUCCCAGCCCAUGCAGUGGUAAAAUGGCUGCCUGGUAGAUGUGGGGUGUGGCAGGUGCAGGGUAGUGGGUGUCUGAGGAGACUGCCGACUCAGCUCCAGACAGCUCCUUACCCUGCCCCCAGCAGGCCACAUUCCCAGACCUGUAUUUUGGUCAGUGUGACAGGGCCCCAGAGUCAUCUGACCUGGGCACAAGUUUGUCUUUCCCCACCCCCAAGAGAGCGCUCUGCCAUAAAAGAGCUGAGCUCGCUUUGCCUGGUGCGUGGAGAGCCAGGGGGGGACCAUGGACUUCAUCAGCAUUCAGCAGUUGGUAAGUGGAGAAGGAGUUGGUAGGAAAGCGUUGGAAUUUGGACGUGGAGUUCCUGAUCCUGGAGGGUGGCCUAGUGGCUGGACACUAGGACCCCAAGAGGCCGUGGCCCGGGAGAAACUAAAGUUGGAGGAGGAGAAGAGGAAGAAACUGGAAAGAUUUAACAGCUCCAGACUGACUCUGGACAAUCUGACAGACUUGGAAAACUUGGUUCAAAGACGAAGAAGAAAACGACAGAGACACAAAGUCCCCCCCAGGGACCCUGAGUCUGGGGCUGAGCCCCAGCCCCAGGUCCCACUGGAGCCUGUGGGCCUGGACAUGUUCCUGAAGGCAGCUGCUGAGAAUCAGGAGGCCCUGAUUGACAAGUACCUGGCAGACGGCGGGGACCCCAAUGCCCAUGACAAGCUCCACCGCACAGCCUUGCACUGGGCCUGUCUGAAGGGCCACAGACAGCUGGUGGACAAGCUGCUGGCGGCAGGGGCUGCUGUGGAAGCGCGGGAUUUGCUGGACAGGACGCCUGUGUUCUGGGCCUGCCGCGGAGGACACCUGGACAUUCUCAAGCAGCUGCUUAACCAGGGUGCUCAGGUCACUGCGCAGGACAAGAUCUGGAGCACCCCUCUCCAUGUGGCAGUGCGCAUGGGGCACGUGGACUGCCUGGAGCAUCUCAUUGAGUGUGGCGCCCACAUCAACGCACAGGAUAAGGAAGGGGACACUGCGCUCCAUGAGGCCGUGCGCUAUGGGCACCACAAAGCUACGAAGCUGCUGCUGCUCUACGGGGCCCAGCUGGGCAUGAAGAACCUGGCCUCCCUGACACCAGUGCAGCUGGCUCGAGACUGGCAGAGGGGCAUCCGGGAAGCACUCCAGGCCCACGUGGGGCAUCCCCGCACCCGGUGCUGAUGACUGGCACCCACGGGCCAUUCACGGCCACCAUUCCACACCCACCCAGCACCCUAAAUGGUUCUCUACCCCGGUCCCAGUUUCUCUCUGGCUCUGCUUCCUUGGGCCGAGCAACAGGUAGAGCAGGCCCCCUGGUGAGGAACCCUGCUCCCUGCUGGGGCUGGAGCAUAGAGCCACAGGGCCACCGAGAAAAGGGGUCCAGCUGAGGGCCAAGGCCCAAGCACAGGGAGGGCAGCAGACUAGCUGCCCUCAGCCGGCUCUGGGCUGUCUACCAGUCCUUCGCCUAGGAGACUGGUCUUGGCCUGUUCUCCAUUCAGAUGUGGCCAGCACCUGCAUCCAGGGCAUGAGAGAAGCAGGCUGAGGCAGGCACCGGGGGUGCGGUCACUUCUGUCCUCUGGUGAGCGUUUCUCCUGGGCCUUCAUUCCUAUCAGUAGCAACCCUGGCAGUGAGCGUAGUUCCAGCCGUCUGGAGUCUUCAGCUCUCUGAAGGGCGGUUCUGGCAGGCUGAGGGGCAUGUCAGCAGGACUGAGGCCCCACCGAAGCCAGUACCUACCAGGCUGCUCUGGAAGCUGGAGAGAUGAGCUGGACCAGCCUCACUCUGGGGAAACUCUGCCCGAAGGCUCCAGGCAGCCCUGCUAGCCGUAGGCGAGGUUAGGGCGCGGGGCGCUGGGAGUUGCCUGUGGCCCACUCAACUCUUGGGGCGGUGGCCCGCAACCCUAGCUCACCCUGAGGCUCUAAUGCCGCCUGGUGCUGGAGGGAGCACCCGACUAGGCUCUGCACACUGAGGAGUCCUCCUGCACCUUGCUUUGGGACAAUGCCAACAGUAUGCAUCCCUCUCCGGUCCCGUGGGCCAGCUGGUGGUGUAGGGGACUUCACACAGGCUCCCGUGUGGCGUGUCUGCUUCCCCUCCCAGCUGUUUCCAGCUUCCCUCAUGUUCACCUGGACUGCUGGCAGGGCUGGCUCCUUAAAUGACAGGAAGUUGAUGGUUAAGAGCUGGGUCCCCACUGAAGCCGCAGCUCAGCGGAGGGCAAAAGGUGACGGCUCUGCCUCCCGCACAGCCCCGCUGACGCCCAUGUGCAGCAAUUAUUUUUUGGCUGAUUUUGGCAGCCUCUCUGGCUGUUGUUACUAUGUAAGGAACCUGACUAGUGCUCCCUCCUGUGGGGCAGACAUCUUUCCACGGGCAGGCCCUGCCUGUCGUGCCAGCCAGCGUGCACCUCCACACUGGUGCCGUGGGCAACACACAUUCUAGACUACGCAAUGACGACUCCUCAGAAGUGAGGACACUCAACUGACACACAAAGCACCUUUUUAUACAGAUCAGUGUUUUCUCAUUAAACUGGUAAUUCACCUCGG